UGUGAACCGGAAAUGGAUACCUUGAAGCGUACGAAAUACUUUCAAUGCACUUUUCUUUUGUUUUGUAGCAAAAAUCUUCUUCUUUUGGGAUUGUUUACCGGUUUUUGAACAGUGUUAACGAGCAUUACUUGACAGCUUGAUCUUUACUCGGCAGUUUGAUCUUUAAUCCGUCCACCCCUUAUAGGUGUGAAAAUUGGACAGGUGUCAAAAACUUAGUCAUUUAGGAUGGACUCGGGAUGUGUUUAUUUACGACCGGCGAGUACUAUAAGAAUGGGGUAAUUACCAGCUCCGCGUGUUAAAAUUGAUUAUGUGUACCCUAAGUCAACAGCCCGGGCGAGAUGGGCCGUGAUCUGUGUGUGUGGCUUGUUUUUUGAGGAAUGGGGAGUUCCUCAUCUGUGCAACUAACAAUGCUGGGUCUGGAUUCCUCCGGUAAAACUACUAUCUUGUAUCACAUGAAAUUCGAGCAAUACACAAACGCCACCCCGACAAUUAGUUACAACUGUGAGACAAUCAAGGUAAAGGAGGGUAGUGCGAAGGGAAUAACUUUUAAGAUAUGGGAUGUAGGAGGACAAGACAACAAAAGACCAUUGUGGAAUCAGUACACGCGUUCUUCUGAUGGAAUUAUAUUCGUAGUGGACAGUGAAGAUAAAGAAAGGCUUGAGGAGGCCAAGUUAGAACUUAUCCGCUUACUCAAAGCUCCGGACAAUCAGAAACUUCCUUUAUUAGUGAUAGCUAACAAACAGGAUUUACAACACUCUCUGUCUCUCCAUGAGAUAGAGACAUUACUAGGACUGAGGGAUCUCCACCCAGGACAGAUGUGGUCUAUAAUAGGGGCCUGUGCUAUAACUGGGGAGGGACUGACAGAGGCAAUGGAUGCUAUGUAUGAUCUUAUAGUGAAAAGGAAAAGUCAUAAAAGAAAAAAAUGAUUUAACACCUUUGUGGAAUUUUUUCUGUGUGCUGUGAGAGUCAUAAGUUAUGUAUCAGAGAAUAUUUUAAUGAUUCUUUUCUGUCCACUUUUUUAAAUUAAGGCAAUUUUGCAUAAAAAAGGGUUGUAUUACAUAUUCUUUUGAGAUAUAUUUUAUUUGUGUUAUGACUUGAUGUUUAUUUUGCUGUUUUAUUUUUACUAAUAUCAAUAUUUAGUCUACCCAUGCAUGAAGAUACCAAAGUGUAAAAAUUGUUAUCUAUUAGUAUAUUAUUAUAUUUACAUAUAUCUAUAUUUUUCAUUAGUAUAAACACUGUUAUUUUGUUUUCACAUUGAUAUAUAUGUAAAAGGGGAAAAAAACACAAAUGGCUUCAACUAUAUCAGUAUAUGUAUGAAAGUGCUUUGAUAUUUAUGAGAUUUAUAUAUACAUUUAGGAAGCAUUGAUCAAUCACAAUUCAGUUAAUUCCUGUGUUAAAAAAUUCAUUAGAGUCCUGUUCUGAGACAAGUUGAUUACCACUGACCAGAGCUGACUGCCAAAAUGUCACCGCCUUUGAGCAGGUGCUUGUUAGUGUAGUGAACAUUACCAGCGUCAUAAUCUGACAAGUGGCCCCGUAAUCAUGACUGCCUUGUAUCAGUGAGGGUGACUGUCUUGUAUCAAUCUGUUCCAAUUUUGCCUUCAGGGAUAAGCAGCCUACAUAUGGUGUUCAGUCACUGUUUGUACAACAUGGCCAUAUUUUCAAUUCCACGUAUUGACCCCAAGGUUCUACCUCUAAAUCAUGUUUUGUUUUCCUUUUGAAUUUGUUGUUUUGAUUUUUUUCCACAUUCCAAAAAAUCCUCUCAUCAGUACAGGAUUUAAAUGUCUGUAGUGUGAAUUUUCUACAUUUAAGUUUUAUGUAUGACUAUCUAUUGCUCCAGUCCAAAUUUAAAGCAAUUAUUUGUUAAUAGAUUUUUUCUUAGAAAAUAAGUUUUAUAAUCUAAAAAAAAAAAACAAGGAUGGAUAAACAUUUUCAAGUAUUUUUCAUAGAUAAACACUAUAAUUUGAUAACUUUAUAGUUAUACAAUUUUGAAAUUUAUACAAAGUUUGAUAUCCAGUCACUGAAAGCAAAAAAUAGAUGUAAUUCCAAUCCAUUAUUAUUAUUUUUAUGAUAAUAGGAAUAAGUCCUGCACUAAUAUUUUAGAGGGUUUGGGUAUUUUAAUUCUGACUGUCAACAAUGACCAAUGAAAACUCCAUUGGUAAGAAUGGAGGGUUACACAUAAUUUACAUAGUUUGUGGGCAUUUAAUAAUAGGCUUAGCGCAAACAGGGAAAUUGUUUGCUUUUGUAUAACAGGAUUGGUGAGUUUAUUUAGUCAAAAUUAAGGCAAGAAUUUAAAUAUUCACAUGAUUGUAGGUAAAUGGGGAAAAACACAAAAGGUGAAAACAAUUAUAAACUGUAGAAUUCAAGCUUUUAUUGUAGACAAUUAUUAUUUAUCUUUUUGCAUGCAUUUUAUUUUCAUUUUUUCAUUGAUGUAUUCAAAGAAUCUAAAUUUACCCAAGGAAUGGAUUUUGUUUAAUUCUGAGACUUUGUUCUGGUGAUAAGAUACAUUAUAAAGUAUUUAGACUUUGAAAAAGAAAGUUACCAUAAAAACUCAUUUUAUCAUUGUAUGCUAAAAUUGUAUAUAAAAUUACAGCAAGAAAGACCUUGUAGUCUUGUUUUUUAAAUGGACUUUCUGUAUGUUAAGAAUCUUACUACUUCAAAUAUUCAGCCCAUAUUCAUUUGUCCAUUUGUCAGUAUAAUUAUUGGGCAUACACAUCCCCAUGUAUUGCAGUUCUAAUAACCAAACAAUUUUACAUGUAGGUUUACACAAUGUUAAGAAAUACAUUUGUUUUCUGAAGACAAACUGUAUGUAUCAUAUAUACAUGUAUGUUCAUGAUGUUAUCUGCAAGAUGACAAUGGAUAGAUAGCAAUAUAUUGCUUGUUCUGAAUUUAUUAAACAAGUUAAAAUUUA